AUUUUUUUAUCAGCUGUUUCAAGUUAUUAUAUGGUCCACUGUCUAUUUCUUACUUUAUAUAAUAUAUGUCACUUCAAUUGCUCAAAUUAAGUCUUCUCCUUUUUGUUAACAGUAGUCUACAUGUUCUGUUAGCAAGGAGGCCUUUAAUUUUUAUUCUAGAAUUCGUUAUAACUUGUGCAAGCCACCUGCUCUCUUCUUGCAUGAUUUUGUGAUACAAUUAGAAACAGAGAAAGAGAAAAACUAUUCUUUGUGGUUGUGAAGAUGAGUUCAAAAAAUAGAGUAUACAUGCUCCUUAUUUUGCUUUUCUUCCAAAUUUUCUCUGUUUUCGGGCUCACAAAUGGUCCAGACGCUAUGGCUUUACAAGCUUUGAAGAGUGAAUGGACAAAGUUUCCUAAGAAUUGGGAAGGCUCUGAUCCUUGUGGAACCAAUUGGGUUGGAAUUACAUGUAGCAAUGACCGCAUUGUUUCAAUAUCAUUAGGCAACGCUUACUUGGAAGGAAAGCUUUCUGCCGAUAUUACGGCAUUGUCUGAAUUGCAGAUCUUGGAUUUAACAUCUAAUCCUAAUUUGACUGGACCGCUUCCAUCAAAUAUCGGUAACCUCAAGAAGUUGACUACCUUGAACCUUAUGGGAUGUGGUUUCAGUGGUCAAAUCCCUGAGUCCAUAGGAUCUUUGGAACAACUUACAACCCUCUCCCUAAAUUCAAAUAAAUUUAUUGGAACAAUUCCGGCUUCCAUUGGACGGUUAUCGAAACUGUUUUGGUUCGAUAUAGCUGAUAAUCAGAUCGAAGGAGCGCUUCCGGUUUCUAAUGGGACUUCUUCACCUGGACUUGACAUGCUUCUUCAAACUAAGCAUUUUCAUUUUGGAAAUAACAAGCUUUCCGGUGAUAUCCCAGAAAAACUCUUCAGCUCAAACAUGACUUUGCUACAUGUGUUAUUUGAUGGAAACCAAUUCACAGGAAAGAUACCGGACAGUCUCAGCCUCGUUAAGACGCUGACAGUGUUACGACUUGAUAGGAAUAAAUUAACUGGAGAUAUUCCUUCAAGUCUUAAUAAUCUCACAAUCCUUCAAGAACUGUACUUGGCCAAUAACAGAUUUACAGGCAGUCUUCCAAAUUUAACCAGCUUGACAAGUCUCUACACAUUAGAUGUGAGCAAUAACCAAUUGCAGUUCUCGCUUGUCCCAUCAUGGAUCUCCUCAUUACGGUCCUUGGCAACAUUAAGGAUGGAAGCGAUUCAACUUGAAGGUCCAAUACCAAUCUUCCUCUUCAGCCCUACUCAAUUACAGACUGUUGUCCUAAAACGCAAUCAGAUAAACGCAACAUUGGACUUUGGUACCAUCUAUAGCAACCAGUUGGAGUUUGUGGAUUUACAAUACAACUACAUAACUGAUUAUAAACCAUCAGCUAAUAAACGCAUUCAAGUAAUGUUGGCAGAUAAUCCUGUGUGCCAAGACCCGGCGAACCGGCUGAGUGAAUACUGCAAUGCAAUCCAACACAACACCUCAUUUUCUGCCCCUCAAAUAAAUUGUCCUCGAUGUGGUCAGGGCAAGGAGCCAAGUCCAGCGUGUCGCUGUGUGUAUCCAGUCACAGGAAUACUUACCUUCAGGUCUCCUUCUUUCUCAGGGUAUACCAACGAUACCAACUUUAACACGCUCCAUCAGGGGCUAGACGAAUUUUUUAAGAAUCCAAGUUAUCCAGUGGACUCUGUAGUCAUCAGAAACAUAAGAGAGAAUCCAACUGAUCAUCAUCUUCUAAUAGAUCUUUUGGUCUUUCCAUCGGAGAAAGAGACUUUUAAUGUGACGGGAAUGGAUAGUGUUAUAUCCGCUUUUAGCACGCAUACGUAUAAGCAACCUCCAAUAUUUGGCCCUUACAUUUUCAAAGCUGAUCAAUAUAGUCCAUUCUCUGGAGGUUCCAUGUCAGCAAACAAAGGCAUUAUCAUCGGAGCAGCGGUUGGUGGUGCGGUUCUUUUGUUGUUGUUAACAAUAGCUGGGAUUUACGCUCUUAGACAGAGGAAUAGAGCAGAUAGAGCAGCCGGUCGAAAUAAUCCUUUUGCUAAGUGGAAUAAGAGUAAGAGCAAUAUCGAUGCUCCACAGCUAAUGGGAGCAAAAGCGUUUACUUUUGACGAGCUUAAGAAAUGCACUGACAACUUUUCAAAAGCAAAUGAUGUUGGGGGUGGAGGUUAUGGCCAGGUGUACAAAGGAGUUCUUCCCUCUGGAGAACUCAUAGCAAUCAAAAGAGCUCAACAAGGAUCUUCGCAAGGAGAGUUGGAGUUUAAAACUGAGAUUGAACUUCUUUCUAGAGUUCAUCAUAAGAAUGUUGUCAAACUUUUGGGCUUCUGCUUUGAUAAAACUGAACAAAUGCUCGUAUACGAGUACAUCCCAAAUGGCUCUCUUACUGACAGCCUAUCAGGGAAGAGUGGAAUUACACUAGAUUGGACAACAAGGCUUAGAAUAAUACUUGGUUCUAGCAAAGGUUUGGCUUAUCUUCAUGAAAAUGCUGAUCCUCCAAUUAUACACAGAGAUAUAAAAUCAAAUAACAUAUUACUUAAUGAAAGUCUAACUGCAAAGGUUGCGGACUUCGGUCUUUCCAAACUUGUGGGAGACCCUGAAAAAGUUCAUGUGACAACACAAGUGAAAGGAACAUUGGUGAGUAGAGAAUAAAUCAUCCUCCUAUCUUUCUUUCUUAGAUACAUUUGAACUUAUCAUUUCUCUGGAACUAGGGGUACCUUGAUCCUGAGUAC